CUCUCCUGCCUCACGAGCCUGAACCAUACCUGCCCUGAUCACGUCAAGGGCGCUACUGCCGAACAAUAUACGACUGCAUCUCUAUAAACCCCAUCAUACCACACUCUUCUUCUUUUAGCAAUACAGCACAUUCCUUACACCGAGAAUAUAUAAUAUAGAUAAGCCAACAUGGCUACCACGGCUCCUUCCCCCGGGCCCCAGCUCAGCUUUGUCUCGCCGGCCAUGCCUCCGGAGCUCAUCCUCAAGAUUGUCCAGUAUCUUCCGUUCGACAGUGGCAGAGACAUACUCAGACUACGAUAUGUGCAUCCCCGGUUGCGAGACGUGCUCCGAAUCUACGAGCGCUCACUUACGCGGGCCUUUAUGAACCGAGAGCUACCGCAUGCCUCGACCGACUUCCCGUGCUGCGCUAGAUUCGGGUACCGGUGUCUGGCGGAGUGCGUGAAAAGAUAUGACAUCGUGGACGACGUGAUGGAUGCGCUGUCGUCGCGACAGAACUGCUAUGCAGUGGAUGGUCACAACAUAGCGCUGCUGAAUGCUGGCCUACUGUUGGUGUACCGCGUAUCAUCUAUAGGGAACCACAGCGACAAACUCACAUUCAUCAAGUCCCUCUCUCGCGACCCCCUCACCGCAAUGUACCUCGUGCUCCACCAUGCCACCCUCACAGCGCGCUACCACGGCUCAGGCUGGAUCCACCAACGUACAUACGGCCGGUUUAUGGACGCGAACCAGAUCUCGCUUCGCAACGAGUUGGAGUUUUGCUUUGCGGAGGCUGCUCUCACGCUGGGGCCAGAGUUCAUCUCCGAUCUCCUGCUGCGCCCUGCAAAGUCCGGCGCUGAAGCAACGUUUCUAAACUUCUACCUCGAUCAUGGGACACACGACUGGGACUGGCCAGGGUGGGGCGAAGGAGACGGCGAGUUCAAUCCACCGAGGACACAAGGGCCGAAGAAGCAGCCUGGGAGCAUGGGGAGGACUCUGUUCACGACUUUGCUGGAACGGCUGGCGGAGUGCUCGAACACUACGGUGGACGAGGUAAGGGGGAGGAUUGAGGAUCAGACCACCGACCCAGACCACCCCUUGUCGCACCUGAACCUGCACGGCAAGGCGCGGUUGAUGCAGGGUCGAAACUGGGACUGGGCAGAGGAGGAGCAGCAGAAAGGACGGCGAGACUCGUUGCAUUCGUAGUCUCCUUAGACAGCGAGCAUAUACCCCUACUUCAGCUCAGGAUACACGUCUGCCCGUCUCAGCAACGGAAUCUCCCUCCGAAUCUUCUCCACAUACUCGAUAUCA